AUGAAUAAGAGUAAUUUGGCUCAAUUACCAUUGCCAGACCUCAGGUUCGAGCAAACGUUUAUGAAACAAUUGAAUGGGUAUGCUGGAAAAGAUGUUAAAUCAGAUCAUUCUAAACCUUUAACAGAUUCGGAAUUACAAUUAUUAAAUACAGAUAUAAAUAAUCCAGAGUCAUCACAAGUUCAAAAGCCUAUAGGUGUGAUUACUCCUUCGAUAGUGAUAUAUGCUAUAUUCAAAGAUCAAAUAUUGAUGCCAUUAUUGCAAGGUUUCUUAUACACUGGGUUCUUAAUAAGUAUCAGACCACUUUUAAAUAUCAUUGUUAGACAAGGUCAACAAACAGGGAUAUGGUUGAGUAAUUUAGUUGGGUUAAAUACUAUAAAACGAGUGAACCGUCGAUGA